AUGGCUCCUCAACUCGACAGCUAUUUCAAGCAGGUGGACGAUUCCGCCAACCACUUCAUUGAGCGUCUUCGCAAGGCUGUUGCCAUUCCCUCCAUCUCCGCGGAGGAUGCUCGCCGUCCUGAUGUUGUUCGCAUGGGAGAGUGGCUGGGUAACGAGCUGAAGAGCUUGGGAGCCGAGGUCGAGCUUCGACCUCUUGGCAAGCAGCCUCAUAAGGAACACCUUGAUCUCCCUCCCGUUGUCCUCGCCCGUUACGGAAACGACAAGAACAAGCGAACGAUCCUAGUAUAUGGCCACUACGAUGUGCAACCCGCUGAGAAGAGCGAUGGCUGGGCUACUGAACCCUUCGACCUCACUGUUGACGACAAGGGUCGCAUGUUUGGUCGAGGUUCAACCGACGACAAAGGCCCUGUUCUCGGCUGGCUCAACGCUAUCGAAGCUCACCAGAAGGCUGGGAUUGACUUCCCUGUCAAUCUGUUGAUGUGCUUCGAGGGUAUGGAGGAGUACGGUUCAGAGGGUUUGGAGGAGUUCAUUCAGGCCGAAGCUAAGAAGUAUUUUGCUGAUACCGAUGCUGUCUGUAUCUCCGACAACUACUGGCUCGGUACUGAGAAGCCCUGCCUGACCUACGGUUUGCGAGGCUGCAACUACUACUCCCUCGAGGUCUCCGGCCCCGGUGCUGAUCUUCACAGCGGUGUCUUUGGUGGCACUGCUCAGGAGCCCAUGACUGAUCUCGUUCGCCUUUUGGGUUCGCUGGUUGACACCCACGGCAAGAUCCAGAUCCCUGGAAUCAUGGAGCAGGUUGCGCCUGUUACCAAGGACGAGGAGAGCCUUUACGAUGGCAUCUCCUUCACCAUGGACAACAUCUUCGAGUCAUUGGGUAGCAAGACCACUAUCCACGAUGACAAGAAGAACACUCUGAUGGCCCGCUGGAGAUACCCCUCUCUGUCUGUCCACGGUGUUGAAGGCGCUUUCUCUAGCCCUGGCGCCAAGACUGUCAUUCCCGCCAAGGUUGUUGGCAAGUUCUCUAUCCGAACUGUCCCCAACAUGGACAUUGACACCACCAACAACUGCGUCUACAAGUAUGUCGAGGAGCAGUUUGCCAAGCUGAACAGCAAGAACACCAUGAAGGUGUAUGCGCAGCACACCGGCAAGUGGUGGGCAGCCUCUCCCAAGCACUGGAACUUCUCAGCUGCUGCCAAGGCUACUGAGCGCGUCUGGGGUGUCCAGCCUGACUUCACCCGCGAGGGUGGAAGUAUCCCCGUUACCCUGACCUUUGAGGAGGCUACUGGCAAGAACGUCCUUCUGCUACCCAUGGGCAGCUCAACCGAUGGUGCUCACUCAAUCAACGAGAAGCUGGACAAGCGCAACUAUAUCGAGGGUAUCAAGCUACUUGGCGCCUACUUGCACUACGUUGCGGAGGAGCCCCAGUCGUAG